AUGCACAAGCUGCAGGUGUUGCUGCUGGUGGUGUGCGUGGCGGUGGACCCCAGCCUGGCCCAGAUCACCUUCUCGCGCUCGUGGGUGCCGCAGGGGAAGCGCUCGGGGGCCCUGAUGGCGCCUGAGGGACCUGCUCACCUGGGGGAGAGCUGUCACGGCGCCUACGUGGAUGCCCUCAUCCAGGUCGCCGCUGUGGCCAAUGACUUGGCCAGGACUGCCCUUGAAGCUGUCACUGUAGAUGCACGUCUCCCGACCCCAAAGGCAUCGAGAUAG